AUGUCGACAUUUCAGCCGGAGACCGACUCGGAAGAUGAACUCCCUCCCCAAUGGGAGGAGAAGGCCACUGUCGAUGGGAAAGUAUUUUUUAUCAAUCACGCCAACCAAUCCACCCAUUGGAACCAUCCCCGAACGGGCAGGACGAAAUCAGUAUCGAAGUCGCUGCCCUUUGGAUGGGAGCGACAGAUCAUGAACGAUGGCAAAGUGAUGUACGUGGACCACGAGGGCCAGAAGACAUCUUUCACUGAUCCUCGAUUGGCCUUUGCCCAAGAGGACUCGGAUGAGACUGCUGAAUUCCGUCAGAAGUACGAUGCCAGUACCCGGGCCAUGGAAAUUGUUCAUGUCUUGGACUUGUCUGCCAUAGUGACCGUCAUCACGGGCGCCAACUCUGGGAUUGGAUUUGAAACCGCCCGGACCUUGGCUUUCAGGGGUGCGAAUGUGGUUCUAGCUUGUCGGUCCAUGGCCAAGGCUAAAAAAGCUGUGGAAAAGAUUGCCCAAGUGCGACCUUCUGCCUCAUUGCAUCCAUUCCAGAUGGACCUUCAGUCCUUGCGAUCGGUGAAAGAGUGUGCCCAGAAAAUAUGUGCUUGCUUCGAAAAGAUCCAUGUCCUGAUUCUAAAUGCUGGCAUUUUGGAUUGGAAAUUCGAGUUGACCAUGGAGGAUCAAAUGGAGAAGAUGAUCCAAGUGAACUAUUUCGCCCAAGUCUACUUGGCACACCUCUUGAAAGAUAGAAUGGCACAGACUAGUAAUCCUCGGAUAGUUUGGUUAAGUGCGGAAUCCCAUAGAUUUGCACCUUUGCAGUCAGAUGGCCUUACGAAAUCCGGCCUUUUGGGCACAUCGGAAGCCAAAUUCAUUCCAAUUGACGCUUACAACAACUCCAAGGUUCUUGGCAUGGCCUUUGCCAUCGAAGCUGAUAGGCAAUGGAGAUAUCCAUGGGGAAUCCAGAGUUUUCCCGUCCAUCCAGGCAACAUGGUAUUCACGAAUUUGAUGAGGAAUUCCUUCAUGUUCCGUUUGCUGUUUCUACUCGUCAGUCCCUUUGCCAAAUCGUUGGAACAAGCGGCAAGUUCGGUGGUUUUUGCCGGAUUUGCUCCAGACAUGGCCCACUCCGGGGGAACCUACAUCAAUAAUUGCUUCCCCUGCGAGCCAGGGGCGUUACCUCGAUCGGAUUUGGCGCGUUCCAAAAUCUGGAUCCUAACCAAAGACAUCCUUCAAGAGAAAUUACGUGAUAUUGACCCCGAUUUCUCUCGCCGACCUCUCUAGUGCUUCAGUGUUUUGUUCGUCAUCUCAGGGUCUUCCUUGGCUCUGGCUUACAACUUGAAGAGCAAUAAUAUAUGCAAAACAGCUACCACUCUCAACUUUAUCCUUAAUCAUCUUCUUUUCGUUCGAAGAGGGCAUUUGGUUGUAAAACAUCAUUCUUUCCAUUCCAGUUAUAGAUUAUUUCCAAUUGACCGGUCCCGAGGAUCGGUAAAACAUUAAAGAGAAAGCCUGUUCUUCUCGUGUAUUAGCCCACCAUGUGUAAUGCCAUACCUGUCGGAUUCCAUCUUCCAAGUUUACUGUCAUCGUUCAUGAGUCCCAACUUUCCAG